AUGGUUGCUGAUACUAUAAUUUACCACCCUACAUUAACCAAGUUGGUUAAAUUUUGGGAUUCAACCCCAAAGAGAGAAAAAUCAUUUAGAUUAUUAGCUUAUUUAUCUCGAUUCUUAUCUUACUAUGCUUACAAAAAGGGUUACCCAAAGGAGACUAUAGAAUUAUUUCAAGGAUUAAAGAACCAUUUCUCAUUUAUCAGAAAAGGUAUGAGAUUUUUCAAACCAAUUCCACAUUUACAAACAGCAGCAAAAGCUUAUGAUAACCAAUUAAUGGAUCCAGUUUUACAAGCCACUACUAUUAUUAGAAACUUGGGUUAUGCUGGUUACUUGGCUAUUGACUCGGUUGUUUUUGCUAAAAUGUUGGGUCUUAUUGAUGCCAAGAAAUGGCCAAACUUGUCUACUUAUGCUAGUAGAUUCUGGUUGUUGGGUUUAGUUGCUGGUAUUAUCCACUCAUUGAGAAUAAUCUCUUCAUUGUCUUCAUACAAACGUGAUCCAACGGAUGAGAAAUCUGCUGUUGAUGAGAAAUCAAUUGGUAAACAAUUGUACCAAGCCAAGAGAAAAUUGGUUUGGGACUUGUUGGAUAGUUUUAUUGCUUUGAACACGUUGAAUUACUUGCAUUUCACUGAGGGUGAUGUUGGCUUAGCUGGUGUCCUCACUUCUAUUUUCGGAUUGGAAGAUAUGUGGAAGGCAACCACCGUUUAA